UUCUUACCCCUCCCACUCCCUAACCCCUCCCAAACUCCAACCACAAAACAUGCUAAAAAAAUAUUAAAAAGUAGUAAACUUUAGACAUUUACAUUGCAUUACAUUUCUAAAAAUAAAUGCAAAAUAAGAAAGAAAACACAGCGCAGUGAAAUAUUAUAUAAGGGAAAUAGGACUUUUAUGCUAUGAGGGUUGUUUGUUUUGAUUGUAGGAGAGCCUGAUCUGAUGUCUUCAAGGCAUCUGAAAAGACCAUUAGAUAGUGCUGAUAUGUAUUCUGAUUCUUCUGAAGCAUUGAGAACAUCUCAAUAUAUAGAUCGUCUAAUGUCCAUUGGAAAAUCAGAAGAGAUUCCAAUGGAUGCUCAAGACAUAUAUCAGAAACAAAUACAAGCUGCUUUAUUAAAGAUAAAGGCAGAAAAUGCUAUAUUAGCCAAAGUGAAAGUGGAACCCUUUUCCGCUCCUCAAAAGCCUGCACUUCUAUCUGUUCCUGAGCCUGUCCAACAACCUCAUUUACUGGAAACUCCAGUUGCUAGUUCACAUGGUCAGCUAUUAAGCUUGUUUGAUGUAAAAACUCAAAUACCAAGCUUGUUUGAUAUUCCAGCUCAACCAAAGAGCUUGCUGGGAACUCCAAAUCUUGAAAUGAACCCAUCUGACUUGUUUGAAACAGCACUAGGGAUUACAAAGGUUCAAAGUUUAAUGAGCAUGGAUGUUGGUCCAAACAAGAAAGCACGGUUGUCUGGACCCCAACCAUUGAUGUUACAGGAUGUACAACCAACGAGAUCAUUAGAAAUAAUGAGUCAGCAUGGUAACCAGAGAAUAGAGAGAGAACGCAGUGAUGUACAAAGAUCAAGAGACGAACGUAGGAUGAACAAAGUUGAUGGACCACCAGUCAUGCCUGCCAUUGCCGAUGUCCUCAAGACUGUAUGUACAACAACUGCAAAUAUGUAUCAGCUUGUAGAACGCUACAAUAUUCCUCAGAAUUGCCUAUAUCUGAAGCCACCUAUUGUUCAUCAGGAUUUGUUUUCCCAAAUCGAUGCGCGACAGAGAAGUUACGAUAAUUUUCUCCAGAGCAUGCAGAUGCAGCUAGCUGUCGCUGUAGUACCACUUAUUCAGACUUGCGCAUUCUUCGAGAACAGCAUCACAAUCGACAAUGAGGUGGUGUACCAGCUCCUCAAAGACAGCAUGCUUCUCUUGUGUAACUUUAUCCUGGAGAUGACCGUCAAACGCAGACAUCUAUUGAGAAAUCAUCUUCCAAAAGAGGUCAGGUGGCUGUGUGUACGCAAGAUGGUAAUCGGUGCGCAUUUCUUUCCUGAAGAGUUUCUGGGUAACUCUGAAGACGCCAAAGCUUUGAGACAAGCAUUUGACAAGUCACACAAGACCGGCGAAGAGGAAAAGCAUAUAUUUGCACAGCAGUUGCUGAACAAAAAGCGUGUGGAUGAUACCUUGUCAGAUAUACCAACAUGGUCAAAGAUUGCUGAGCUAGUUAAUAUAAGCUCUACACUUCCUGUCAAUCAACAAUUGGUGAAGAAACUGAAGGAAAAGUAUUUGAUUCCUGAGAAUUGUCAGUGUUUAAGGCCACCAACGGGUAAUCCGAGUAUCUGGAAUAAAAUGAGCCGCGAGGCAAUACAUGAUGAUCGUGAUUUACAGAACCCUCAGAGGUUGAUAGGUCAUGCUAUUGUACCAAUAAUUAGAAUGCUGGAGAGCAUUAAGUUUGUUAAUGUCCAACCUCUGAAGAUGUUCUCAAUGCUUAAGGAGACAUUGUACAUUUUAAGCACUACUCAGAGGGAAAUAUCUGUCAUGCGAAGGCGUUACUUGAAGAAUGCUCUUCCUGAGCCAUUAAAAGUCAAGUGUGAUAGCAGUAUCCCAAUUACCCGCUAUUUGUGUGGUGACGGUACAGAAAGUUAUGGUGCAGGAGAGCCAAAACCUGAUACACAGAAAGAUCUACAGGCUAAAAUACUGAGUAUCUUAAAUGGGCCAGGAGAAGGAGCAGGACUAGGGAGCAUGGUAGGAUUAUCACAACAACCCCAGGGCAAUGGAUCUAUGGAUGGAAGACAAGCACCAGGAGGAAUGUCCUCUCUCAUCAAUCUGGAUAACCCCAAUGUUCAGAAAGCUUUAGAUAAUCUCAUUCAAAGUGGUCCUAACUUGUUAAAGACAUUGUCACAUGCUCCAGGGAACCCAAUGCAACCAGGAGCAGCUAUAACCAGUCGUGAGAGUCAACAUACUCAGCCUCAGCCAUCAAUGGGUCAAGGCUAUCCUCCCAGAGGACAGCCAAUGGGAAUGCAGCAAGGAGUCCGACCUCCCUUUGGUGGUCCUGGUGGACAACCAAUGAGAAUGUCAAAUCCAGGGGGAAUACCACCCAGACGGCCACCCCCACAAUACUGAUGAGACACGUUAUUGUAUCAUGACAUUUUAGUUACAUUUAUGUAGUACACAGUUUACAUUUAUGUAGUAACAGUGCUUUAAUUUGUCUAACAUGGAUAAAGUGUAAGGACUCUAAGUAUUUUCAACAUAUCGAGGAAUUGUCAAGAUAGCAAGAAAAAAGGCAUUGUUUACUUGAAAGAUUUAACAAUUUUUAAUGCAAGAUUUUCAUUGAAGGUUUCUUUUACUCAUAAUAUAUAAGUUGUAAGAGUAAAUGAAAGAAAAAUGCAUACAGCUGUAAAUGAAGCUAUCCUACAUUUUCGUCCAAGUCCACCCUGAUUUUAAUUUUUAACCAUGAAAAGAAAAAGAUAAAUUUUCAUAUUAAAUUUGAAAAUAGUAAUUAUGAAUGUUUUUAAAAAAAUGUCUGUUUCAAUAAUCAUUAAGAAAAUUGGAUGAGAAUUUAGGAAAUUUCUUUGUGUCUUCUUGAUCAUGGUUGUAUCACAUUUCUAGUCUAUAUCAAAUAAUAGCUUAUUUCAUUGACUGCUCACUAUUUCAAAGUUACCAGAACAAUUAACAUUUAUUAUAGGAAGAAGAAAUGUCUCUGUAUUAUAUUCUUUGUUUGUUUGUUGUCACUUUUUUGUUAACAAACAUUUUUCACCUGUCAUUAAACAAGUUGUCAAAACAUUAGAGCAUUAUUGAUUGUGUACAAAAUCAUGUUUAUCACAAACUGUCAUGUUAUUGUAGAUUGAGAAAGGAUUUUACUUUUUCAUCCAUCUUGUUGAUCUUCCAAUAAAACAUUUGAAAAUCAUUAUAUAGGUCCGUUGUAUGAAGAUGAAAAAGUCAAUAUUUCUCAGUCAAAUUUUUUUUUAAUUUUUGCCUCAAAUUUUGUACAUAAAAACAUUUUGGAAAAUGUUCAGUUAAGAACAUUACACAAUAAAUCUAUUUUUAGAAGUCAUAAUUUGAAAAUUUUGCUACUUGUUUUUUUUUUAUUUUAUUGUGUGAAAGCUAUCCAUAAUGCUGUUGGAUCUGUGAAGAAAUACAUAAGUUCUAGAGUUAUUGACAACCUUGAAACAUCAUUGUAUUUUUGAUGAUUUGUUAUAACAUACAUUGUUUUUAAAUUGAAACGUAAGAACAUUAGUAUCCUUUUUGUCAUACAUAAUUUUGUAGGAAUCAUCAUUUUAACAUAACAUGUUUGAAUCAUUUAGAAGUCUCAAAAAUCAAGUUCCACAUUUUAACAUCAUUGUAAAAGGCCAUUGUAUGAAAAAUAAAGAAAUUGAUAUCAA